CAAGAGGAUAGCGCGGUAUUAUCUCAAUUCAACUCCAUAUCCACUUCAUUUGUGAAUUGUGAUCUCCCAUUUUUCUUCAAUGGAGUCUCUUUCCCUCUGUUUAUCUUCCUCUUCCCCUAUCUUCAAACCCCACAAAAUCAUCCCAAAAACCCCACCAAAUUCCCUCCAAAUCUCAAUUCCUUCAUCCUCUAAUCAUUUCCAUGGAAAUCCAAUCUCAACUUUUAUACAUUCUCUCUCUUCUAAACCCCAAAUUUCUCUCCCCAUUUUAAUGGAUUUUCUCCCUUCAUAUCCCUCUUUUGCAUCCGAAAUUGCAGACCCAUCUGGGCAAAGAAUCAACCUUGAAUCAAUUCUGGUUUCAAUUAAUGAUUUUUUCAACAAAUACCCUUAUUUUGUUUUUAGUGUUACCUUCAUUUGGCUAAUAGUUCUUCCUUUAUCUGAAGAAUACUUGAGAAAAUACAAAUUUAUAUCUGCCCUUAAUGCAUUUAAGAAAUUGCGGGACGAUUCCAGUCUUCAAAUGUUGGAUAUUAGGGAUGAGAAGAUGUUAGGGUUUCUGGGUUCUCCAAAUUUGAGGAUGUUUAAGAAGGAUGUGGUUCAGGUCACUUAUGAUGAGGGUGAUUUAGAUGGGUUUUUGAAGAAGGUAUUGGAAAAGUUUGCUGAUCCCAACAAUACUAGUGUUUGCAUUGUGGAUAAUUUUGAUGGUAAUUCAAUCAAAGUGGCUGAAUUAUUGGUGAAGAAUGGCUUUAAAGAGGCAUAUGCAAUCAAGGGUGGUAUCAGUGGCAAGAAUGGCUGGAGGGAGAUUCAACAGGAAUUUCUUCCACCAUCUGUGCAUGUAUACCCUAAAAAGAAGGUCAAAAGAUCUCAACAAUGUGAAAGUAAUGGUGCUGCCAUUCAGCCUGAUACGGAUCAAGUUCAAGCCGCCACUUCUGAGAAGUGAUUUAAGAGGACAUUUUGGUACAUCGCAGGUAAUUUACAUAUACCUGCUUAAACUGGAGAAGGGCUUUGUAAGGGGUGGUAUCGCAGAUGCAAUUGUUGAACACGAAAUGCAGCUGGAGGCAAUCCAGUUCAGUGUAUGCGCCUAUGCUGGAAAAUCCUGAUUGUAGUCAUUGUUUCCUGGCUCUGUUCUGCAUGACUUUGAUCUCAGUUUUGAUGGGAAGAACAUAAGAACAAAAAGACUUGUAUUAUGAUUAUGUAUAAUUGUAUAUUAUAUGCUACAAGGAGCUUUGUACAGAAGUUGAGGAACAUUUAUCUGUGUGGUAAUCUUGGAUAUUGCAUUGAGCUUCUGUUACUAACCUUUUAUUUUUGAAAUUUUCACGAAUAACUCUUGGUACAAGGACUCACGCUCACAUUCAUAUUAUUCCUAGUAUUCACUAAUCACUACCCCUAAUUGACGUUAAUUCAUCAAGGUGUAUUAAUAAACGUAUACUAUAUUAAGUGUGCU